AUGGACGACGACGUCGUCGCCGACGCGACGUCCGGGGCGUGGUGUUCGACGUCAGUGAUAACGGCGUCGAUGUGGGGGGUGGCGCGGACGCGCGGGACGUGCGCGCGGACGGUGGAAGAUGGGCGGACGCGCGCGGCGCUGGCGGCGCUCGCGGCGGCGCGGCGGGACGGACGACGGGCGACGCUCGAAUCGUCCAUCGCGCGGUGGCGCUCGGCGUGCGCGAGACGGGUCGGGAACGAACGCGCGGUGGUGGCGAUGCGUCGGCGGUGGGCGUUCGGGGUGAAGAGACGGUAUUUUGAGCGGUGGCGGGCGCAGACGCCGAGCGCGCGACGCGGCGGGCGCGAGUGGGGGACGAAUAGGUUCGGCGUCGUCGACGACGGCGAGAUGGACGAGGAGUUCCCGGUGGAUUAUCGCGCCGAAUUGGAGAUUCGUUUGAGUCAAAUAUCCCGGCUCGAGGAGGCGCUGAGAGAGGCGAAAGAGCGCGAGCGGAACGAGCGCGAGCGGAACGAGCAGCCGAACGCCGAGGCGCAGAUGAAAAAGUUUCGAGAGCACUUACAAAACAUGCAGCGCGAGAUGGAGGGAGUGAAGCGCGAGCGCGAUGCGUAUAGGAAAAAGUGGGAGACGAGCGUGGGGCCGGCGGCGGAGAAGGCGGCGGCGGAUCGACGGGCGAAUCAACGCACGAUGGCGACGCAGACGGUGUUCGCCGAAGAGGACCGCGUGGAGGCGCAAAAAGAGCUCGUGGAAAAGGCGAAGAAGUCACAGAUUCGAGCCGCCGAGGAGAAGUGGAUGGAACAGGCGAGGUUAUUCGAGCAAAAGUUUGAGCGACAGAUGCAAGUGGCGAGCGAGUACGAGAUUAAGCUUCGAGAGGAGCGCGCGAGGCUCACGAGGAGCGAGGCGCAGUACGAGGCGCGGUUGGAGGAGUUGACGGCCAAGCACGCGGAGACCGAGGCUGAACUCCUCGCUCUGAGAGGUUCACUGGGCGUGAGCGCGAGCGGCGGUGGAUCGUUCGGUGAUUUUAGUCGUGAGCGUUUCGCCCAGUACGCGAAAAUCGGCGCCGGUACGGCGGCGGCGCAGUCGUUCCCGAACGUCUCGCCGCUUCGAUCGCCCUCGCCAGAGGUACCGGAGACGUUCGCGUCACCGACGUUGAAACUCGGCGAUUUGGCGAUUCAGGACACCCCCGGGGCGGGUUCUAAGGUCGUGGAGGAUGACGACGCGUAUCAGAGCGCGAAGAAGUUUACCUUCGCCGAUUUCUCCUCUGAGGAUGAGGACGAGGUUGAGCGCGAGAACGAAGAGUUCGCCCCUCCCGCGGACGACCGCCUCACGCGCACGACGUCGCCCUCGAUCCCGCUUCACCCUUCACCGCCGCCGCAGACGUCCGCGUUCACGAAGAAACCGCUUCGUCUCACCGUCGCCGUGGCCAAGCUCGUCGUGCUCGGGCACUCGCAGCGAGACGCGAUCGAGGCGCUGAAACACGUCGAUAACAACGACGUCCACGCCGCCGUCGCCUGGCUCGCCCGACGACAUCGAGCUUGA